GGGGUGACGUAGUAGUUAUGUUAUUAAUAAUGUUUUAUAUGCCUAUUUAUUAAAAGUUGCUUCGUUUAUUUAUUUAUUCAUUUAUGUGUGAAAAAUACAUGUAAAUGUUCUUUUUAAUUUCUCCAUAUUUCUCUUUUUUCUCUUUUUUCUCUUUUUAGUACUCACGCCCACCCCUAUUUAUACACGUCAAAAAUGGGAGUGGACUAACAUUAUCUUCAAUCUUUCAAAAGAAAUUUAGCCGAGAGCAAGAAAAAUGGAAGAAAAUAGAGGAAGCCUUUCCUUCUUCACAACCUACCGUCCAACUGUGAAAUUAGACAUCUACUCAUGUCCAAUCUCACCAACGUCUAUAGAUGAUGAGAUAUGCAUGACUGAUGAAUUGUCCUACAAUAGCAAUGGGCACUUCAUUGAGCCUGAAGCUCUAAAAAUAAUUCUCCAACAUCCCAAAAUAGCUUCUGAAUCAGUUGACGAAGAAGAUGUCGAUUCAGGCCAUCUCACCGGCCUGAUUUUUGUAUCCGAAAGAGAGAACGGCCUCGAAACACUUCACUUGUCGCUUCGACUUGAUGAUGAGCCACCGGUUUUCGAAGUCUUCCCUAUUUCUCAUGUUUACGACACUUUCGAUGGCGUGCGCAUGGAAGAUAGUGGGUGCAUUGCCGGCGAUUAUCUUAUCUAUGUCACCACGAAGGACCCCGCCUUGGAGCGUCGCCAACCUUGGACUGCCGUCUAUAAGACCCAUCUUAUUACCGGAGAAACUACCCGUCUUACACCAGAAGGAGAAGCUGAUUUAAGCCCUGCAGUGUCACCUUGCGGAACAAAGAUAGCAAUGGCAUCCUUUGAAGGAAAGCCGGGUGGUUGGGAUGGUGAGAUUGAAUACCUAAACACUAACAUAUUUGUGAUGAAUGUAGAGGAGCCAUAUAAUCGUGAGAUGGUUGUCGAAGAUGGUAGUUGGCCGACAUGGGGGAGUGAAGAUGUCCUAUUUUUCCACAAGAAAGACGGAGCUCAUUGGGGUGUGUUUCGAGCUGAUAUCAGUGAAGGCGGUUUGACAUCGGACAUCACUCGUGUCACCCCUGAUGACAUUGAUGCUAUAACACCAGCAGCCAUCGACGACACCAAGGUUGUAGUUGCAACUAUUCGUAAGUCAUCAGAUUUCAGCCAUGCCAAACGUGAUGUUGAUCAAUAUCGACACAUUGAAAUUUAUGAUAGUAGUGGAGAGGAAAACGUCAUAAAAAUCACUAAGAACACCAAACCUAUGGCGGAUCACUAUAACCCUUUUGUGCUAACAGACUUUAAUGGUGAGAUGCGCAUUGGCUAUCAUCGUUGUAAUACAGAAUCUUUAGAUGAGGAUGGUACCGAUCUCCUUGAUAAGCUCGAAGAAGUCCAAUCUCCAGAACCUGGAGUAGAUUUAUUUAGGAUGUCAGGAGCUUUUCCAUCCUUUUCGAAAGAUCACAGCAAACUGGCAUUUGUUGAUAAUGAGUUCAAGACAGUGUAUGUCAUUGAUAGCCAAGGGUCGCACAUUGUUUAUCAGGCAGAAAAGCAGAACAGCGUGUUCUCUCCAGUUUGGAGCCAGGAAUCAGACAAGGAUACGCUUUAUGUAUGCGAAGGACCUGCUUUCAAGCCCGACGCAACAGUUGAGAUAUGUGCCAUCCUUGAUGCAUGCAGUGGUGGUGAACAUCAAGUUAAGCGUCUAACAAACGGUUCUAAUAAUGCGUUCCCAUGUACCAAUCCAGACGGAACAAAACUAGUCUUUCGAUCAACGAGAGAUGGAGGGGAGAAUCAUUACAAAAAUCUAUACAUAAUUGAAGAUUUAGACUCAAUGGAAGACGGAGAAGGUGAAAUAACAAGGCUAACGAAUGGUCCUUGGGUUGACACACACUGUGAAUGGUCUCCAAAUGGAGAGUGGAUAGUAUUCGCAUCCAACCGCCAUAGGACUACAGACGAUUCGGACCAUGGUCUUGACACAGGCUACUUUGCAGUCUAUCUAGUGAAGGCGGACGAUCCAGAUGUGUGGGUGAAAGUCAUAGGAAGUAGAAGUGGUGAUCUUGCAGGGCAUGUCAACCAUCCAUUCUUUAGCCCUGAUGGAAGGAGCCUUUCCGUGGUUGCCGAUCUUGCUGCUGUUUCCUGUGAUCCCAUCUCAAUGCCUCUCUUCAUUCAUUCUGUAAGGCCAUAUGGAGACCUUUUCAUUCUUGAUAUAGACGAAGAUGACAUAUAUGCGAAUGAGGAUGUGGAGGAUUAUAGGCGCAUAACACAUACUAGGUAUGAGAAUUCAACUGCUGUUUGGUCUGAUUUCUCAAGUCACGGCUUUAGUCAAGUGUGGAACGAAUUCUUUACCCGUCACAAGCACAAGCUUAACAAUCAUCUACAUGACGAUGGGGGCGAAACUUGGCAUUCCACUGGUCACAUCUGCGUACAUGCACCAAAACGCUGUUAAAACUAAGUACUAUAUGGUUUCAUGUGAUUUGUUCUUUAGUAUUUAGUUUGAGACUAAAUAUAUUGCAUGUUGAUUUUAUAUCUUCCUUCCAUCACGACAUAAAUAUCAAGACUCAAGAGUGUCUAGAGAGUUUAAUAUGUUAAAGAAUGUAUGAGCCCAAAUUACAAGGGACGUAAGGUUUAUAUUUAGGAAAGUAGUAGUUAUUAUUAGUCAAGUUACAUGGUUUUACUAAUCUCUUAAAGGUUAGGUUUUACAUGUGACAAAAAGAUUGUUUUUAUCGCAAUUAAAUUGGAUUUAUAAGUUUUCAUAAAAAUUGUUUUAACU